CUCACUCAGGUUGUGUUGAACUACAAACUCGUGCGAUGCGGCAAGAAUAACAGUCUUACUGCUUAAAAAAAACAAUUUUGAUCGAACGAAUAUCGAAUCAUGAACUAAAUUCGCUUGAAAAAUUUGAAUUUUGAAUUAUAGUUGUGUUUUCAGUGAUAAAGUUUAAGUUUUGAGUGAUAAGUGGCAGUGUGUGUGUGUACCGAAUCCCGUUUGCUGGUUAUCAAGCUAAACAAGAGGCUGUGAACUUCAGAUCAUCAGAUGAAUAGCGAGCUCUCACACUGAUUCAUGAUGUGCCGGAUGUCAUGACGAGGAGAUGAAAAGACGACCCGCUUGGUUGUUGGAUGACACAGGUUACUGCGCAAGUGUAGCAGGCAACCAAGAUGUCGCAAUCAGCGCUAGGGCUGGGCGGGGAGAGGCGCUACUCUGUGCCCUCAAACCCUUUGAUGCAUGACCCUAGGGGAAUGCACUCGGAGGAUCUACACGCGUGGUCUAUUUACAGACAAAACCUGAACUCUGAUUUCACGGACAGCGCCCUGGGCAGUACCGACAAAAGUCCGCUACCGUACGGCAACUUCCAGCUGCGAGACACCACCGUGCAGUCCAUUCUCUCGCACCCUCGAUAUGGACCCAAAUCCGCUCUUGGUUCGAACAUGUACACCUACCUGAAGUUUGGCCUACCUCGAGUCUUCCCACCAAAUCACAACGGCUCACAGCGAUCCGGGACGCCCAAGCCUAAGACUUCUAUUGGAAGUGGCAUGAAACCAACGCCAAGGAUACACAGACAGAGUAGAGGUGUACGGGAGACGUCAUCCGGGUACGACAGCUCCGACAACGAGACCACCACCAACUACAAGCACAGCCGCAAGUACCGCUCCGACCCUGACUUUAGGAUGCAGAAUCUACACAAUUCCUAUCAGGCCAGCACAGGAGUCCCUCUAGUAGCAAUGCAACAAGCCGGGAUCCGCGGCGGAGGAGAAUGGACCAGCAGUCGCCACAAAUCCGUCAGUGAAGCCAACCUUCUGGGCAUUGAUGCUCGGCCCAGACAUUACCAUAACAGACGAAACAGCAUCGCCGACUUCGUGCCUGAUAACGAUCAUCAAAGUUAUUUAAUGCCAUCGUCCCACCUCGGAGGCCGCAUGUCGAAAGCUGGCAGCCACAUGUCGGUGGCUCAAUCUCGGAAACAUUCCACUCUCCGACCGGGAGACCACUUAGAUGGAUACACACACUCCGCUUACAUUUACCCUAAUUAUUAUGUUAACAGUUUAGAAAUAACGUCACCCGACAACAAAUCUACACUAUUAGUCUCCGGCUUGAGUUUCGAAGUGAAGUCAGGAGAAAUAUUAGCUGUUCUAGCCACCUCCCAACAUGAAGCCACUGGAUUAUUAGAUGUAUUAGCUGGCGUCAGAAAGAAACUUACUGGCGACAUAGUUAUAAACGGGCAGCCUGUGGCUUCGUCGACACUUCGCAAAGUGGUUGCGUACGUUAGGAAAGACACGUCGUUAUGUCCUUCGAUGACUGUGGAGCACACGCUUCGGUUCCACGCCGCGUUGAGGAGGCCGAGAACCAAUCACAACCAGGUCAAGAUGGACGAUAGAGAUAGAAUCAAUUUAUUAAUAGAAGAACUUGGUCUCGAGCAAGUGAGAGAUACAGUAGUAGGCCGUCUGACCCGUUCCGAGGUUCGAAGACUCAACGUGGCUUGUCAAUUACUACUAGACAUGGCCGUAUUGAUCCUAGAUCAGCCCACGAAGGAAAUGGAUAUUUUCGACACAUUCUUCCUGGUGGAAUACCUCAGGAACUGGGCUAGCACUGGAAGAGUCGUUAUAAUGUCCUUGCAUCCACCGACUUAUGAAAUUUUCGCGAUGUUAACUAAGGUUGUUCUAAUAUCAGCCGGUAGGACAAUGUUCACCGGAUACAGGAGAGACAUGUUGCCAUAUUUCGCGUCCAUCGACUAUCCUUGCCCUGCUUUCAAAAACCCAUCGGACUAUUACCUUGACCUGGUAACCCUGGACGAGCUGUCAGCGGCGGCGAUGCUGGAGUCGUCGGGGCGCAUCGAGGCGCUGGCGGGCGUGCUGGCGAGCGCGCGCCCCGCGCCGAGCGCGCCGCCGCCCGCGCCGCUGCCCGCGCCGCUCGCCGCCCGCCCCGCCCUGCUACUGCAGCUGUUUGCUCUCAUUGAAAAAACUCUGGUGUUCACUCUGAUGACGACGUUGUCGAACGUGAUCACUCGUGUCCUGAUCGCCGCCAUCAUGUCCGUCAUCACUGGCACCAUUUUCUGGGACCUACCCGCUACCGACGCUAAGCUUACCCAAAACGACAGAAUAGGUUAUCACUACUCGGUGAUGUGCUUGUCGGUAUGGCCGCUACUGUUGUGGCUCAGUGCAAGAGAAGCCAGCUCCAUGCGCGCCCACGUGGAAAGAGAUAUCACCGUGGGACUAUAUUCGAGGACUGUUUUCAUAUUGUUUGAUCAAUUUCUUGAAGUGUGGUCUGCAGUGUUGACGUGGCUAGCAUUCAUAGUGCCUAGUUACGCCAUGUCGGGCUUGUACGCGCAGUCGCUCGCAUCUUUCGAUGGGUUCUAUAUUUAUAUAGGAUUUAUGUUGCUGUACCUAAUAAGCAUACAAAUGCUAUGUCGCGCGACUAUAUUCCUUGUGCCAAUGGAGAAGACUGCAGCAGUAUUAUCAGGAAUCUGCCUCCUUCUCAGUACUUUGGUCAACGGAGUCAUGUUACACCAACAAGACUUGCCGAGCUACGUCAAGUGGUUGGAGUAUGUGUCGCCAUCUAGGUGGACAAUGGCGGAAAUACUGCAGAGGGAAUUGAGCGAGACAGCUUUGAAAAGCAGUAUUAGUAAAGAGAUACGGUGCACUAAUAAACAGAGACCAUAUCAGGACAUUAUAGUACAGUCGCCAUGUCCACCGCCAAACGGCACUCAAGUACUAUCAAACUUCGAGUAUUUAAGGUUAGACAAUAUUUGGGAGAUGAACGAAGAGACUUUCCUAAUAGCGCUAGCUAUUUUCUACGGCGUCUUCGCUCUAGUCGGUAUAUUCGCUUUUGUGUGCGACUGUACCAAAUAUGUUAAAAGGAAGGAGCGUGCUGCUUUGAAGGGACAUAAAAUUACUGCUAAUACACCGUAAAUAAAUCUUAUUUGGGUAUUCCAAAUAGUGCACGAGUGUAGGUUGUCUAAACUAAAAAAAAAUAUCUUUGGUUUUCAAUUCUAAUUAAAUUUAAAAUUAUUUUUGUGAUUUUUCGAAUAUUCAAUUAUUUGUGAUUGCAGAUGUUGAUUUGAUUAUUUAUUUCAACUGCAAGUAAGCAGUGAAACAGCAUUUUGUUUUAAAAGAAGAGAGAAGAGUUAAAAAUUGGAUUUUUAUAAUAAUAAUAUUUAUAUACUAGGUUUUUAGGUUUGAUAUUUUUUUCUUCGCCCUUCUCAUUGAUGAAAAGUGUAAAUAAUUUAUCUUAUUGGAGAAAGUGUUGAAUGCAUAAGUAAAGAUAAUGAACUUAGCUCAUAAUAAGUUAGGAAAAUAACCAUUUUUAUAGGAUAUAAAUCAAUGUACAAAUAACGAUCAUAAUAAUAAUAAAGUUUAAUUAGAACGCAAGGCUGAUUAAUUAAUGUCUUCCGUCCAAAUUAAUCUUUCAAACGCAUUAUUAUAAGAUGUAACAGAUACUAAAUUUUCAUUAAUAAUAUUAAGUAAGGAAUUAAAAAUGUUGAAUACAAACAGCAUAUUAAAAUUAUAUGAAAUUUUACAUUUUUAGUGGCCAAAAGCUAUAAAAGUUAAAUACAAUAAACUUUUCUGUAUUUAUAUAAAAGAAAAUGUUUUAUUUAUAAAUGAAUACAUAUGUCUACAUUGCAUAGAUAUUAAACUAAAUGUAGAUAUUCGUAUUUGGUGCCUGUUGUAGUCAAUAAGAAUUCGAAAUCACAAUUUAUUAUAGUAUCUAGUUUAACAACUUCGUUUUUUACACAUUUUUUUCAUUAAAAUGUGAUGUUUAUUGAAUGUCUUUUACUUCUUUUCUUGCUCUCUUCUCUACUAUUCAUAGAAACAAAGUGAAAUAAGCACUUUUAACCAUUGUAAAUAUUUAACUAAAUUAGAAACGAGAUCACUGCCUUAGCGAAUGCUCAUUUUGUUUGAAAAUUUGUUAGCAAAAUUUAUUUCUUUCUAUAUUUUAAGCUCAUUAAACUUAUAAUAAGCAUGUUCAAGAAGAGUAGUAUAGCAUAAAAGUGGAGCCAUAUCACUUAAUAUAGAAAAAAAACUAUUGUUAAGUUACCCUAAUUUUGGUAAUAAUU